AUGAAGCUGGUCAAGAGUCACGCUGAUGAAACGGUCGCAACUCGUGGACUCGAAAUCAUGAAACGGAAUCAACUACUCGAACAAACAGUUCACAACGUUGAAAAGACUAUGCUAUGCAAUUUCUUUGAAGCUACUGAACCCAAGCCAAAUCAAGCGAUAGUAUCCAUCAUAGACAAAGCGCUUACAUACGCUAUUGAUGUCUUACUCAUGCGACCAGAUUUAUUUGAUGAUUUUGCCAAGCGCGUUCUUCUCGAUGUCAUGCUGUCACAUCCAGAAUAUGUUCCCCGAGCAUGGGGCGGCGACUUCUUAAUAAUGCGCCAAAGGGAAGAACGUUUCAGAGCGGAACAAGAAAAAGAAGAAAGGAAAGUGAAGCCACCUACCAUUGCCGACGACAGAACCGCCGCACCAGAAGAAGAGAAAGCAGUCCCGUCGCAAAAGUUGGAAAUGAGAAAAGAAACAAAAGUCUUGAGAGGUGUUCAAGAAAGCCCACUCGACAAAGAAAAGGAAACAGCAAUGAAGAAGUCGAAUGCCUACGAAAAAUUGAAGGGACUCGAUAAUAGACGACAUCCGUCAACACCAUCGCCGUCAUCGCCGUCGGCGGUGCAAAAAAAAGAAGCAGCACCGCCUCUGAGAGCUCCUGCUCGAAAGAAGCAAGCAGCGGAUAAAGGAAAUGUCGUUGUGGUAGAAAAGCGAGAAAAAUGA